AUGGAUCUUGCUUUGCCAUCUGAAAAUAUGCACAAUCAAGAGCAUGAAACUUUCUUACCACAAGAGGAGAAUGGAAUAGAAGAAAUAACUCCUAUAGACUAUCAACUGAUGCACUACGGAAACCCGGUGUUCGACUUCUUAUAUUUAAUGUACUGCAGCACGGAUAGAAAAUUUCGUAAAGACAAUUUAAUAAAUUUAAAGGAGCUGUAUUACGAAACACUGCGUACAUUUUUGAAGUACUUUCAACUGGAUGUAAACGUGGUAUACCCUAGAGAAGAUUAUGACAGGGUAUUUGAUGAAAAACUUGACUUUGGUCUAAUGAUUGCGAUAUAUCUUUUACCUUUCCUUUUAUCUUCUGGAAAACAAGUACCAGAUGCUAUGCAGAAAGAAGUACAUUUAAGUUUAAAUAAUACUUUUAAAGAUCACAUACAAGAAGUUAUUGAAGAAUUUGUCGAAUAUGGUUUGAUAUAA